GUCCAACGGGCGAGGCUAGGCUGACGCUCAGCCUCGCUCGGAAUCGCCAAUCCGAGUGGUCGUAACAAGAGCGGUCUGCGCCUUCCGCCGCCUUGCGGAGAGUGAGGCGUUCCGAUUGGCCAUCCGAGGCUGUUUUCCGGCCGGGGGCGGAUCCCCUACCGUGGCGGGAAAAGCGGCGGCCGCGGCGCCAAUUCCGAGACGCUAAGGGAGUUUUCGGGGUUCCCUGCUGGCGUGUGGCGUCGCCAUGGACGCGACCGAGGUGGAGUUCUUGGCGGAGAAGGAGCUGGUUACCAUCAUCCCUAACUUCAGCCUGGACAAGAUCUACCUGAUUGGGAGGCAGAAGUGUCGCCUGCUGCCGCCGCCCUGGAUGGACGCCGAAAAGUUGGAGAAGAUAAGGGAUCAUGAACGAAAGGAGGAAACUUUUACCCCAGUGCCCAGCCCUUACUACAUGGAACUCAGCAAACUCCUGCUAAAGCAUGCUUCAGACAAUAUUCCCAGAGCAGAUGCAAUCCGGACCCUGAUCAAAGAUCUGUGGGACACACGCAUGGCCAAGCUCCGGGUGUCUGCUGACAGCUUUGUGCGGCAGCAGGAGGCACACGCCAAGCUGGAUAACUUGACCCUGAUGGAGAUCAACACCAGCGGGGCCUUCCUCACAGAGGCGCUCCGUCACAUGUACAAGCUGCGCACGAACCUCCAGCCUUCGGAGAGCACCACGUCGCAGGACUUCUAGAGCAAGGCCUGUGGUGGCGGUGGAGGGAGGGCUGGCACCUGCCUCCUGGAGGACUGCUGGGUGAUGCGCCUGCUCAGGGUGUGACAGGUACUCACAGUUCAAGAGUUCUGGACACAUUUUUGAACGUGUGAAAAAAGUGUAAUGCUCUGGGAGUGAAUUUUAAAAACAGGUGAGAAAGCAACAAACUUGUGAAUAACGUACAACACUCAGCUCCCUUGGAUGGUCAGUUCCCCACUCGAUUCUAGGAGCCAGCUUUUCUGCUGUGGGGUAAAGGAAGAAGCUUUAGGCGAGAAAGUUCUCCCUAGCCAAGCUGUGGGUCUCCUGUGUGGAAAUGCCAUGCAUGGUGAGUUUUGGUGGAUACAUAGGAGUGAUGCUGUGGCUGGGGGCUUCUCCCUUUCUCCGUUCCGGUUUUGUGGCUAGAGUUAGCAUCUUGUAGAUGUGGCUCACACAGAAGGGUGGCUGACGAGGGGCUGGUGAUGCUGACCAUUGUUUAUCAUCCAGGUCCCAAUCCAUAAUAAAAAUGUGAUCAGCUUGAAUCUGUUCGGUUUCUGUCCUGUAUAACUGCUGAGUAAAAGGAGCACACUCUGUGGCCAAGAUGGUCCCCUAAACGGAAACGAUAGUGUGCAGCAGUCGACUGGAAACUGCAGGCGACAUUCAGGGUUAUUGCUCAGUCUGGUGCACUUUAUGAAGAGGAAGAUCAGGGAGAAGCUAAUGUAGUGUGGAGUGCAGCUGCAGGCACAGUGCUGGGAAGAGGUGGAACCUCUUCUGCUGCUCUCGAUAGGUACGGGGCAAGUGCUCUUUGUGGUAGACAGCAGCGGCUUCACUCUCCAGUUGUGCAGCUGUAACAUUGUGGAAUUCUUAGGUCCCUUACAGAAAUCACCUUGAGUGUGGUGAUUAUCGUGCCAUGCUGGAGUAGAUUCUGUCACCAGUGAGAUUUUUGACUUAGCACCCAGUGCGUCAGAAGCUGCAUUGAGCUUCACGGGAGCCCUGUGCACACGUGUGGUCCACUUGGUGUAGAGUGAGUGCUUCUGGCAUCUCUCUGGGCUGGCUGCUACCCUGUCUCCAUCAAGCAGAUGCUGGUUACUGUUUGAAUACCAAGCGCCAAACCCAGAGGAACAGGACCAAAAGAUGGGCGCGUCUGUAAUUUAAGGUGCCGUUUGGAGGGCUGCAGGUGACGGGACUUGCCUUUUCACCUCUCUCUUACUCGGAAUCCUUCAGAUUGCAUCGGGGUGUCUUAGGGACAGGGGACUGCGUGCCGCUAAUACAUCCCUCUUGAACUUGAGCCAGUAAGGUACAGCUGAAUGCCUUCCUGUUGCACCUGUGAUGCUGUCUAGUUUAGCUUGCAGGGGCAGGGAGUGUCACAACAUAAAAAGAUUGUCCUCGUAACGUGAUUUAGGAAGAUUUUAUUUUUUGGAUGUCGUCAGAAAUUACAGCAAUAUAUUCAUAAAUACCUAAUUACUACAUUCAACAAAUAAUAUUACAAUACAGUUAAUCCAAACAAGUACACUUAGAACAGGUUUCAUUUCACAGCAUCUAAACUGCCCCCAGAGUGACCGAGGCACUGUUGUCCUCCCUGCCACCCGAGUCUGGGUUUGCUGUCCUAGCAGUGAAGCACAGGGCACACACACAAGUGACACAACCAGUGAACAUGUCUUCCUCAGGUCAGGGCAGAGCCUAGGAGUGUAAGCACCGGAUCAGAAAGUUGGGAGCAGGGUACAGAAGUCGUGAAGUCAAAGCUUGAUUACUGCAAAGAGUACAGAUUGCUUCUAAGUGGCUAAUAUACACUUUAAGGAGGGCCAGGUUUGCGCUAACCAUCUCCAUCUUGUGGUGGGUCCCUGGAAUUGUUUGUGAGAGGGAAGAGGA